AGUUGAGUGCCACCCCCAUCUGCAGAAAAUUGGCAACAUCUCUGAGGAGCCCUUGCUUUUCCUGGGAUACCCAGCAUCAUGGUUUCCGGUUUCCUGGAGUCUCUCAGUGUCCUGGGUUCCCUCCUGCUGCUUGGAUUCCAGCUCGUCUGCCCACAGCCCUUCACUGAACACAGAAAGGUCCCGCAGCGGAUGGCGGUGGCCGAGGACGCUCCCGAGGACGGCGGUGGCGGCGCCCCGGGCGUGUGGGGCGCCUGGGGCCCCUGGUCCGCCUGCUCGCGCAGCUGCAGCGGCGGCGUGAUGGAGCAGACGCGACCCUGCCUGCCCGGCUCGUAUCACGCACGCGGCGCACCGCCGCCCGCAGCCCCCGCGCGCGCCUUCGCAGGCCACGUGGUGUCAGCCGUGCGUACGUCGGUGCCGCUGCACCGGAGCCGCGAGGAGCCACGCGCCCCCGCCAGCCUCAACUCCAGCCGCCAGGGUCCGGCGCAGCGAGGCAGCCGGCACCCGCAGGCCCGGGGCCGCGAACCCACAGCGGAGAGAAGGAGCAGGACCCGAGGUCCCAUCGGCCCUGGCAUGUAUGGCUAUGGUAAGGCCCCAUACAUCUUACCACUGCAGACGGACUCUGCACACCUGCCACAGAGGCUUCGGAGGCAGAGGCCCUCAUCCCGGAAUUCCAGGUCCCAGGGGGCAUCUGGUUCUAGCCAUGGCUACAACCUUCCAGCCCAUCGGGCCCCCCGACAUGGACCUCUGUACCAGAGUGACAGUAGCCCUCGUCCUGGACUGCAAGUCUCAGAGAGCUCCAUCUACCAGCUGCCUUUGACCCAUGACCAAGGCUUCCCUGAAGCCUCACAUCUCUUCCACAACCCAGAAACAAGCAGCAGCCCUGGCCUGGGGGCCCACAGGGCAGCUCAGAGCUUCUCCCAGCCUGCCCGAUCUACAGCAAUCUCCUGCAUUGGGGCCUAUCGGCAGUACAAGCUGUGCAACACAAAUGUGUGUCCAGAAAGCAGUAGAAGUAUCUGGGAGGUACAAUGUGCAUCCUACAACAACAAGCCAUUCAUGGGCCGGUUUUAUGAAUGGGAACCGUUUGCAGAAGCCAAGGGCAAUCGGAAGUGUGAGCUGAACUGCCAGGCAAUGGGCUACCGCUUCUAUGUACGACAGGCUGAGAAGGUCAUUGAUGGUACCCCCUGUGACCAGAACGGCACGGCCAUCUGCGUAUCUGGGCAGUGCAAGAGCAUUGGCUGUGAUGACUACCUAGGCUCCGACAAAGUCGUGGACAAAUGCGGGGUGUGCGGAGGCGAUAACACGGGCUGUCAGGUUGUGUCGGGUGUGUUUAAGCAUGCCCUCACCAGCCUGGGCUACCACCGAGUUGUUGAGAUUCCUCAAGGAGCCACAAAAAUCAACAUCACCGAGAUGUACAAGAGCAACAACUAUUUGGCCUUGCGAAGUCGUUCUGGCCGCUCCAUCAUCAACGGGAACUGGGCAAUUGACCGGCCUGGAAAAUAUGAAGGAGGAGGGACCAUGUUCACAUACAAGCGACCAAAUGAGAUUUCGAGCACUGCUGGAGAGUCCUUUUUGGCCGAAGGUCCCACUAAUGAGAUCUUGGAUGUCUAUAUGAUACACCAGCAGCCUAACCCAGGCGUCCACUACGAGUACGUAAUCAUGGGGAACAAUGCCAUCAGCCCACAGGCGCUGCCUCACAGGAGACCAGGGGAGCCCUUCAACGGCCAGCUGGUAGCAGAAGGGGGGAGCCAGCAGGAGGGAGAAGGGAAAGAGGAGGACGAAGAGAAGGCAGACGUGCACGGCGGGGCAUCUGAAAUAUUCACCUCGGAAUCAGCACAGACCUUCCCGGUCAGGCAUCCUGAUAGAUUCUCUCCCCACCGGCCGGACAAUGUGGUACCACCAGCACCACAGACCCCACGGCGGAGCCGGGAUCACAACUGGAAACAGCUGGGGACGACGGAGUGCUCGACAACCUGCGGGAAAGGAUCGCAGUACCCUAUUUUUCGCUGUGUGAACAGAAACACUCACGAAGAGGUUCCUGAGAGCUACUGUGACUCGAGCAUGAAGCCAACCCCGGAGGAGGAACCCUGCAACAUCUUCCCUUGCCCAGCCUUCUGGGACAUCGGGGAGUGGUCUGAGUGCAGCAAAACCUGUGGCCUGGGCAUGCAGCACCGCCAGGUUCUGUGUCGCCAGGUGUACGCCAACCGCAGCCUGACGGUGCAGCCCUACCGCUGCCAGCACCUGGAGAAGCCCGAGACCACCAGCACCUGCCAGCUCAAGAUCUGCAGUGAGUGGCAGAUCCGGACGGACUGGACCUCGUGCUCGGUGCCCUGCGGAGUGGGGCAGAGGACCCGCGAUGUGAAGUGUGUGAGCAACAUCGGGGACGUGGUCGAUGACGAGGAAUGCAACAUGAAACUCCGGCCCAACGACAUUGAGAACUGCGACAUGGGACCCUGCGCCAAGAGCUGGUUCCUGACGGAGUGGAGCGAGAGGUGCUCGGCAGAGUGUGGGGCUGGAGUGCGGACACGCUCAGUGGUGUGCAUGACCAACCACGUCAGCAGCCUGCCGCUGGAGGGCUGCGGGAACAACCGGCCAGUGGAGGCCACCCCAUGUGACAACGGGCCCUGCACGGGCGAGGUGGAGUGGUUUGCGGGAAGCUGGAGUCAGUGUUCCAUCGAGUGUGGGAGUGGGACCCAACAGAGGGAGGUGAUUUGUGUUAGGAAGAACGCUGACACCUUUGAAGUGCUGGACCCCUAUGAAUGUUCCUUCCUGGAGAGACCCCCCAGCCAGCAAUCCUGCCACCUCAAGCCCUGCGGAGCCAAAUGGUUUAACACAGAAUGGAGCAUGUGUUCCAAGAGCUGCCAGGGCGGCUUCCGCGUCCGGGAAGUGCGCUGUCUGUCUGAUGAGAUGACCCUAAGUAAUCUCUGUGACCCUCAGUUGAAACCAGAAGAGAAAGAAUCUUGUAACCCUCAGGACUGCAUCCCUGAAGUUGAUGAAAACUGCAAGGACAGGUACUACAACUGCAACGUGGUGGUCCAGGCCAGGCUCUGCGUCUACAACUACUACAAGACUGCCUGCUGCGUCUCCUGCACGCGCGUGGCCAACAGGCACUCGGGCUUCCUGGGGAGCAGAUAACACCCCGCUCCGCAACCGUGGGCAGGUCAGGGAGUCUGUGAGCAGUGGGACUGGCUGACUGCUGCCCCUCCUGGGGGCUCCCUGGCCUGUGGAGCUGCCAGCCAACUUAGCACCCCACCUUCAUAAAGUGUACACACGGUGCCCAGGAGCAAGGCCACAGUUGUCCUUUGAGCAUCACCGUGAACUGCUGACCCCUCCUUCAGAAACCUGGCACCUGCGCUCUCUGCAGACCGAGCGGUGGGGACUGCAUGCAGCUCUUGGCCGACUCCCGUCCUGGCACUUUCUAAGUCAGCAGUCAGGCCCUGUCUGGGCACUGCCUAGCCCCAGUGCUGCUGGCCUUUCUAAUACCAGCGCCCCUUGGAGAAUCAGAGGAGACAGUCCCCCCACCCCAGAGCCCCCUUAAGCCUUGCUAGGGUGCCUGCAUCCCUCUGUUACCUCAGCCCGGCUGUGCCUAUUUUUACUCUCAAAGACAUUAGGCUCUUUUUCAGCCUUGUGACACAAAUAUCUCAUGCCAGUUUAGAGCUUUAUUGUUUUGCAGGUGUAUUCAGAGAUAUUAGCUCAUUAGCGGCUGUGAGCACAGCGCCCCAGAAUGGGAGUCAGGGAAUGAAUCAUUGUCCCCAUUUUACUGACAAGGAAACUGAGACUAAACUUAGGUAACCUACCUGCCACGUUAUCGGGUAAUUGACCCAUUCAGUGACAGAGCUGAGUUCUGACCCCAGUCAUCUGACCACAAAGCCCUCACCCCGAGGGCUGUCCAGAAGGCUUAGGUCUGCAGGAUGUGGCUUCAUUUCAGACCUAGAGGCUGAGAAGUUUCCCAUUCAGCAAACAAAGCCCAGACCUUUGAAUUCUUUCCUCGGGCCAAAAGUCGCCUUUAUCUCCUGCCCUCAGUUGUUUCAGGAGUCUGUUUCUUUUUUCCCUUCCCCCACAAAGUCACAGGUCCUGGUGACAGGACUCUGCACAGUUUCUUAAACCCCAUCCUUAAUGGAACUAUGCCAUGAGGUAAGAAAGCCACUGGGGUAGAAAGGUGAUUGCCUGAAAUUCUGAUUCCUCUCCCCAGUGGUACAUGCCGCCCAUGGAAUCCUAGAUCGUGGAUCCUUUGGCCUUUUGUCUCCCAGAGCAGAUUUCCAGAGCACACAGCUCUGUCCCCUGGGCUCUCACCCCUUCCUCAGCCAUCUCUCCUGGGUCCUUCCCUACACAUCGCCCAGUGGAAAGUCUAACCAACCUGUCCCAGCAAAAGCCCUAUAUUUAUAUUAGAAAGAGUCUCCCUGAGGUCUUUCUGGUUUGAUUUGCAGAUGUCUCUCUGUGACUUUGCAUCCCUCCCUUCCCCCAUGACUCACAACCCAUAUCCCCCCUCCCAGAUGUGAGCACUAAGAUCUAUAUUAAGGCAGCCAGCCUGGGAAAAGGGGCUGUGAACUCCUCCACGAUGGCCGCAGCGGCAGGGUCUUCCCUGAUUCACUUCACAUAACUCUGUAGUUCCCAAGGCCUCUGGCUGGAAGGGGAAUGCAGUGCAUAUGAAAGAUAAACUAUCUGAAAAAUCAGUGAGGAUAAAGAAGGGGGGACGUAUAUAUAUAUAUAUAUAUAUAUAUAUAUAUAUAUAUAUAUAUAUAUAUGUAUGUAUUCUUACACCCACUAAGAAAAAUAAUCAGGCUGAGCAAAUUGGAAGCGUAUAGAAAAUUUAUCUUAUUUAGUACUAUGGUCCUGGGCGUAUUUCCCUUUCAAAGCAAGCAUUUGCUUUGAAAUUCAUAGCAACUGAGUUUCUCCCGUGAGCCCUUUAACCCAAAAAUCUGCUAAUUUGAUGAUGAUUUGCAGCUUUUGGAAGCAGUAUCACCAGCUCAGUCUUGCACACUCCAUUAGGUUCCCACUACCCUUGAGCUUUCAGAAGUUCUAUUUGGCCUUUUUAUGUGACCUUCUCUUUCUGGAGAGCCCCAGCCAUCAUUUCCCCCAAAGCACCCUAUCUCUCCUGAUCCUUAUGUAACUCAUGCAAUAAGCAGCAGGACAGAGGCCCAGAUUCCUGUGCCCACCAAGCAAAAACAGACCAGAGAGGCCAAGCAUAUGGCUGGUUUCCAUCCAGCACCCACUCUUUCCCUCUCGCCACUUGCCUUUGCUUCUUGUCCCAAGGGAGGGUUUCCUUUAUGCAACUACUGUCAGAUGUUGCUGUACAAGCCAGUCAUUUGAAGGAUUCUUUGGAGGAAGCUUUCUUUACCUGCCGGAGGACAGAGCAAGAUCAGUGGGUGGAAGAGCAGAAAGGCUGAUUUCAGCUCCGAUUGCGGGAAAACCUUCUAGCCAUCCAGGCUGCCCAGCGCAACAGAGGUAUGGUGUCCUAAUGAGUGAGCUCUCCAGCCUAAAAGGGAUUUCUCCACCAAGUGGCAGGUGAGCAUCCUGGGUCCUUCCACCUCAGGAUUCUCACGACUGGGCUGGGGCAGUGACGGCUUUGUCUCUGACAUCCAGCAGUGUCCUGUGGCUCCUAAAUGUCACCCAAAAGUUCUUUAAAGGGACAGUGGUCCUCUCAUGAGAACGGCCAUCCUGCCUGUUGUGGAAUUGGAUAGGAGCAAAUAAAUCAACCCCAUGUCUUCAGGGGAAAGAAGUACUGAAAUUAGGGGUCUUUUUUCUCUUGCAACAAAUAGUUGAGUUAAUCCUGGAAUUCAUUUAUGUCUGGAAAGCUUAUAAGUUGCUAGAUGAGGGGUUUUAUCAGCUUGACUUGGAAAUCCAAUUUUUACUAAUCUCCUUGUUUCUUAUAUCAACGUCUAAAUGCCUUUGUUCUUAGCACAACACACAUGAUAAUGUCCUUUAGUAUUUUCAGCGACAAUGUUCCUUCCUCCCUCCAGAGAUGCCUCUUUCUCAUUUUCUUGUCCCCUUAUCUCACCCUCUCCUUCCCAUGACCCACCAUCUCCUCCUCAGUCCUCUGCUUCGUCCCUUAACUGACCAUGAUGCAAAAAUGAAAUUUACAUUUUAAUACAGCUUUUUUUUUCUGUGUACCAGAUUGCCUCAGUCCCUGCUCUGAAUUUUGAAAUUAGAUAAAUUAAAGCUGUUCUGUGUUUUUCUCACAAAAAAAUCAACAAAACUGCAAACAGAAAUAGUUUGCUUUUUUUACUAUCACUUAUUGGAAAAGGAAAGUGUGCCCCUUGCAGCCUAGGCAAAAGCCAUUCAGUGCAGCCCAUCCUCCCCAUCCUCACGUGGACUCGCCUUUCUCCCCUUAGAAAAGGAACAGCAUAAGAAAUAGGGCAUUUAAAAAAAAAAAAAAAGCUUGUAAAUUCGGCCACUAGAUGGCGUCAGUUCAUUUCAUUAAAGGCGUGUACAGUGCCCCCUGCUUGCGAGCUGGUGGGGAAGCCAGAUGAGCAGGGCCAGUCCCCGCCCUAGAGGAGCUGCACUGUGACAGAAGCACUCAGAACUGUCCCCAUCUGUCCCGUUGCCUUACUUCUCUGGCCCAAGGCUCUUGGGGUGUGUAUCAUUUACUCACCCUCAAAGUGUUUUUCAACACUCUUUCCUUUAAAAAGAAUGACUUUCCAGAGGGAUGAAAAUGAGGGACACUGGCUUCAUUUCUUUUUGUCAAGCUGUGUGGCAGGGAGAGAAACCCAGAUGUUACUAGUAACUUUCUAAACCAGUGGCUCUCUUUUUCUUUAAUAUAGCCACUUUAGAAUUUGAAUAUCUGCUUUCUAAUGUCAAAGACAUAAAUAUAAGUGGUAAAAAGAAACAUGACUUCUCUUGAAACAGGCUGAAUAGUCAAACCUGAGGGAACCUCUAUCAGCCUGGCAGGUGGAGGCCAACAUUUGAUCCUGCCAUAUGAAACACUUUUUCUGUGGCUUAGAUGGGAAAUUAGACACCUUCCUGAUGAAAUUGGUGGAUGCCAAGAAGCUGGAGAGGUAACACUUGAAUGACACGUUCUAGUACCAAAAAAGUCUGGGAGACUAGAACAAAACCUGGGAUCUUCAAAAUUCACCAGGAAGCAACAUAAAGUCCCACCUUUGUAUUAAAAAAAGAAACACUAUACAAGUACAAGGUGGGGGAGAUGCAAGAGUUUCAGUGGAUGAAGCUCAGUGUGAGUCCAGAAAGUGGGAUGGAACUACCCCCAAACACACACACACACACACACACACACACGCACACAACACACGACAUUCAGGCUACAUAAGGAGAAAAUGUUGGUGAACCGUAUUUGUGAUUGUUGGAAACUUUAAAAAGAAUAUUGGUAACGUAUAACAUUCAGAUGAGCACACCCAAUCCUGAUGAGGGGCACAGACUCUGAGAAGCAGUGGAAAGGACUUCAUGAGAAUGUUUAGCCCGGGGGAGAGCCAUCCUAGGACCAGAAGGUAAAAGCUGCAGGGAGACACAUUUUACUUCUUGCAGAAGAACCACCUUUCUACAAGUGAGAGCCUUCAGAAGGUAGAGCGCUCUGUGGUUGGUGGUGACUGACCCAUCCCUGGAGGUCUCAGCAGAGGUUUAAUGGCCAUUUGUCAUGGAUGCUGAAGGGAGGAUUCGAGCACCCAGCUGGGGCAACAGGACUUUUAAGAUUCUCUCCAAUCUGGGUUUUGGUGACUCUGUAAGUAGAACAGCUUCAAGUGAUUCACCUGGUCUGGGAUGGCAAGUACACAGCACACGUACUUCCCAUUUCUACCAUUUUGAACCCAGGGGCGCACCCCUCUCCAGGGCUGAAUGUGGCCUCAUACCUCGGAGAACCACUAGCCAAUUGGUCAGAGCUGCCCUGUCUGGUCCUGCUUCAUAGAUGAGUAACCAGUUGUCCCGAUGACUAGUUCCCUGCCCAGGGUCACACACCUUGAUGGGGGCAGAACCUCGACUAGACUAGCACCCUUUGAAUACUAUCUCACUUUCUCAACUCACUUUGCUUUCUUGUGCCUUUGCUGGAGCUACGUCAUUCUCUCCCCUCUCAACCACACUCCUGCUUCUUUCUAUUCAGUGGGCAACAGUGGGAGACUGCCAUCUUGCUGAGGAAAAGUGACCUCCACAGGGUGGGAUUCUCUAGCCAGCUUUCUUAGCAGCUUCCAGAUGUUGAGCCCCUUGCCUCAGUGAGAGGAAAGCCAUUCUGUUACAUAAUUUCCACCUGCCUUGACCCCCAGAUCCCCACCAUUCAGUUUGAUGGAAGGAUAUACUUUGUUAUAACUUAUUAUUUUGUCCUUUGUAAAUACAAGAUGUUUAUAGGAAAUGUGUAUUCUGAACUCUACCAGCAGAAUGAGUCACUACACCAAAAUAGUUCUAUUAUUUAGAAUAUGUUAAUUACAAAGGGACCUAAUAGGUAUUUAUUUACAUAUUCGAUCCACAUUUGUGUAAAAUUAUUUGAUCCUACUAACCCAGCUUCCCGGAAGGUUGCUGCACGUGAUGUCUUAUUCCAAGUCCAUAGUUACAAUUUAGCAUACUGAUUAGCCAAAUUCCUGGGUUUUAAGAUCAAAUAUAAAUGACUCGGCUUUUCGACUCAUUCAGGGGUUUUUACCCCUCGGAUUAUACCUGAAACAGGUCUCUCUGGAUUGCCACCUUUCCACCUUGAAUAUCAUAUUUGCUCAUGUAAUCUGCCAUCUCCUCAUCCUCAAACAUUUGAAGAAGGAAUUAGGAGGGUCUUUUUCAUCCCUUCUCUUUGUCUUGCCUCGUUCCUUGGAAUCACCAGCAGGAAGUUGUUGGGGAGGCUGGCUUAGAGCUGUGAGGGAGGCAGGGUCCCCUGGCAAGGGCAGGGAGGGGUGUAAGAGAGGUGAUGCAUUCACUGCUCUGACCACGCCUCCAGGGCCCCCGCUGGACACUGCUGAGUGGGAGCUCUGGGUUGUCAACUGCACAGCCAGGAGCAAGGAACCCACAGAAUACCCCAUCCACCCCAGGUCACCCGUACGGUGUCAAUUAUUGCUUAAAGAGGCAGAGGCGCAUUAUAUGAGUAAAUAAUCAGUUUUCUCUUCAGCAAAAAUGACAACUAUUUUUGUGUAUGACUAAUUUAUUUUUAUUAUUGUAAAAAUACAA